AGUUAGGAUCAGUAAUAGAUUUCAGAGAGCAUUGAGCAGUGUGCAGAGACAAAAACAUGGAGCGAAAUGUUGGGUCACUACAGGAGCAGGCCCUGAAGAGAAAGGAGAGGCUAAAAGCAAUACGAGAAAAACAACUUUAUGGGCGAGAGCAAGAAGAUGGGGAGCCAGAGAACAAAAAAGCUUCACUAGAGGAGACUACUGAAGAAAAGCACAGAGAGCUGAAGCUGAGGAAUUACACUCCAGAGGAUGAAGAGCUCAAGGGAAGGCAGGUGCCCAAAGCCAAACCUGCAUCAGUGGAGGAUAAAGUAAAAGACCAGUUAGAGGCAGCUAAUCCAGAGCCCAUCAUUGAAGAAGUGGAUUUGGCCAACCUCGCCCCAAGAAAACCAGAUUGGGAUCUAAAGCGUGAUGUGGCAAAGAAACUGGAGAAGUUGGAGAGGAGAACACAGAGAGCCAUCGCCGAGCUCAUCCGGGAUCGUCUCCGAGGCAGUGAGGAGGAGUUGGCCGGAGCGGUGGGGGCAGUAGGACUGGAGGAGGGAGACUCGGACUAAAUGCCAACAGAUACAUCCCUACAGAGGGAUGGCCUCGUUUUACUGGGACUGUACUGUCACAUAUGUGUUGUGCUCAAAGAGACGGCUACUUUCAUCGCCGCAGGGAGUAAAAUGUUUUCUGUCAGGUCUUUAUAUUCCCUUUGUGAGUCCUGCCUUGCAUCAUUGUAUUAUUACAAAUGAAUAUGUAGUAGUACAAUCUGUAACAUCAAUAUUUUGUUGUAAUAUUUUAUAUUUUCAAGUAAAAUAAUGUCAAUUUUUCAAAAGCCUGA